AUGAUACAGAUGAGAUCGAUUGCCUCUUGGCAGACAGCUGUGCUGGGUUCUGGCCGGAGCAAACGGAAACGCAAAGAUUGUUUGGACGAUUUUGGGUGA